CCUUUAAUGGCUUCCUUUGAUGAAGGAUGAUGGAUCUUGAGUUCCAGCCGAAAAUACUUGGUAAAUGUAAAGCAUACCAACCCCUCCUACACUAACCAAAAAAGAAAGAAAGAAAAGAAAAAGGCAAAAACUCCCUAGGUUCCAAGCACCAAGACUUCAACUUUUCACUUUUAAAAUCUCCCUCACAGGAUUCUUGAUCCAAAGAAAAAGAGAAAAGCAGAUCCUUUGAUUGUUUUUCUUUUCUCUCUCUGCGCUCACGUCACUACUGUGGUCUUUUGGAGCUUGCAUUCUCCUGCAAGUCAACUGGAACUUCAAUCAAGUUAGGAAAGAAAUGAAUUAGUGGCUUUUUUGUCAUUAACCAGUUUGGACUUUUUGAGUAUAACAGCUUGUUUUAAAGCAAUUUGAACCAGGAGGGUUUGUUAUAAUUUGGAGGAUCGUAGUCCUCAUUUAACAACAACCAUCAAUGAUAGUGAGAAAGAACAUGGGACGUUUGUCACCACUCCUUCUUGUUACAUUAGUUCUUGGCUUUUGCUUUGCAACAUAUAAUCUGGUAACAAUGGUAAUGCACAAUAGAUCUAUUUCAAAAUGGAAAGUCAACGACUCCAAUGGUGGAAUAUUUUUUGAUCCUGUCAUUGAGAUGCCUGAAAAUGUGAAGAAACCAAACAACGCCAAACAGCCUUUCCAUGUUGCCUUAACAGCUACGGAUGCUCCAUACAGUAAAUGGCAGUGUCGCGUGAUGUACUAUUGGUAUAAAAAGCAGAAGGACUUGCCUGGGUCAGAGAUGGGAGGUUUCACACGUGUUUUGCACUCUGGAAGUCCUGACAACUUGGUAGAUGAGAUUCCUACCGUUAUAGUUGAUCCUCUUCCAGCAGGGCUGGAUCGGGGAUACAUUGUCUUAAAUAGGCCAUGGGCUUUUGUGCAGUGGCUGGAAAAGGCUACAAUUGAGGAAGAAUAUAUAUUGAUGGCAGAGCCUGAUCACAUAUUUAUCCGUCCCCUGCCUAAUCUGGGGCAUGGAGGAUACCCAGCUGCCUUUCCCUUUUUCUACAUUAAGCCGGCUCAGAAUGAAAAAUUGUUAAGGAAGUUUUACCCAGAGGAGAUGGGACCUGUGACAAAUAUUGAUCCAAUUGGCAAUUCACCUGUCAUAAUCAAGAAGGAUUUACUGGAAAAGAUUGCUCCUACUUGGAUGAAUGUUUCCUUAAAAAUGAAGAAUGACCCAGAGACCGAUAAAGCUUUUGGAUGGGUGCUAGAAAUGUAUGCUUAUGCUGUGGCAUCAGCUUUGCAUGGUGUGCAACAUAUUCUUCGGAAGGACUUCAUGCUGCAGCCCCCAUGGGAUUUGGAAACUGGGAAAAAGUUCAUAAUUCAUUACACCUAUGGAUGUGACUACAACAUGAAGGGUGAGUUGACAUAUGGUAAAAUUGGUGAGUGGCGAUUUGACAAGAGAUCAUAUCUACGUGGCCCACCUCCGCGAAAUCUCUCCUUGCCUCCUCCAGGGGUCCCUGAAAGUGUGGUGACCCUUGUCAAGAUGGUGAAUGAAGCAACGGCUAACAUCGGCAACUGGGAUACAGAAUAAAUGCCGGAUAUGAUAAAGGGGUAUGGAAAUUUUAUUUGUCCGAAACAAUUUUUUUUAAAUCUAUGCAGACUCUAGAAAAUUGAUGUACAAAUACCUCAGGUCAAUUGUUUUAAUGUUUAAAGCAAGAAAUAGAACAGUUCAAUAUAUAUACAUAGAAGCUAAGAAAGCUUUGAUGUUUCAGAUAAGGAUUCUGAAUUACAACCUUUUGUUAGGUUUAUGUUUGCAUGAUUUACAUGGGAGAGGUAAUGGACUGAUCAAAGAAAGUGAAACCUGGUUUGCUAAUAACAUUGUUCAGGUUCUAAUA